CUUCAAUGUCGCCAACUGUUUAUAACCCCUAACAUUUUCCGUAGUUAGGUUAAGUACAAGAAAAAUGUUACGCCUGGCAAAUAAUUUAAAGAAUUUAACACUACAAACACAAGAAUUAAGCCCCAAUUACACGAACCUCCAGAUUUUGAGAUGGAGGCGGAAACCACGGUGGUUGCCGGUUGCCAAAAGCAAGAUGUUCAGAAUACCAAAAAGGCCUGAAACUCCACUGGAAGAAACUCUUGAACUACAACGUUUGUAUAAUAAUUACCGCACGCAAAUGAAGUCCAUUAGGAGACACCUGUUUUACAAACACAAUGUGCAGUUUCAAGCCAGUGAAGACCCAGAGCAACAAAGAAAGAUAUUCGAGGAAGACUUUGAAAGAUGUAAUGAAAUAAACAACAAAUGGAAUGAGCAGCAAAAGGUGCUAAGAGAGAAACGAUUAGAAGAGGAGUUGGAGGCUCAAUUAGACUUUGCCAGAAAACGCAUUGAAAUUGAGUUAAUUAAACAGGAAGAGAAACAACAAGAAGCUGAUGAAUUUGUCAGACAACUGAAAGCAGAAGCUAAGACUUUCAUUACUAGAGAAAAUAUAGAUCAAGCCAUUGAAAAUGCUUUAAAUAAUCCAGUGGAUUAUAACUUUGCUUUGACUCCCAGUGGAGAAAAAAUUUUCGGCCGGGAAACAACUUACAAAGAAGAUAAACAGAAGAUUAGUGUAAAACAAUAAUUUGUUAGAGAUUUUAAUAAAAUGUUACCAUUAAAACAUAAAAUAA